GACCGGGGCGCAGCUGCCUUCUUCCCCAGACACCAGCUGCCCCUGCCUGUCCAGGGCUGAGUGUCCACCAUUCCCGCCUGUCUGGAGGGUGCCGGGCAGGGAGCUGCACUCCUCCGUCAGGCCGGAGGCGUGGGGCCGUGCAGCGAAGGGCGCGAGGAUCUGAAAGCGGGUCGCCUGGGAGACCCCGAAGCGACCCCGGGGGUGGCACAGGUCGUAUGCAGGCCUGGGCGACCUCUCCUAGGUUGGGGGCGAUGGGGACAGGAGCCCCGCAGAGCCUCCUGCUCCUCCUCCUCCUCCUCCCCAUGCUGUUGCCACGCGGGGCCUCGGCGGGGAGCCUGCACAGCCCAGGCCUGUCCGAGUGCUUCCAGGUGAAUGGCGCCGACUACCGCGGCCGCCAGAACCACACGGGCCCGCGCGGGACCGGCCGCCCUUGCCUCUUCUGGGACCAGACGCAGCAGCACAGCUACAGCAGCGCCCGGGACCCGCAGGGCCGCUGGGGGCUGGGAGCGCACAACUUCUGCCGGAACCCAGACGGCGACGUGCAGCCGUGGUGCUACGUGGCCGAGACGGAGGAGGGCAUCUACUGGCGCUACUGCGACAUCCCCACCUGCCACAUGCCCGGGUACCUGGGCUGCUUCGUGGACUCGGGAGCACCCCCGGCCCUCAGCGGCCCCAGCGGCACCUCGACGAAGCUCACGGUCCAGGUGUGCCUCCGCUUCUGCCGCAUGAAGGGCUACCAGCUGGCGGGCGUGGAGGCUGGCUACGCCUGCUUCUGCGGCUCCGAGGGCGACUUGGCUCGGGGUCGCCCAGCGCCGGCCACCGACUGUGACCAGAUCUGCUUCGGCCACCCCGGCCAGCUGUGCGGCGGCGAUGGGCGCCUGGGAGUCUACGAAGUGUCGGUGGGCUCCUGCCAGGGGAACUGGACGGCGCCUCAGGGCGUCAUCUACUCCCCGGACUUCCCGGAUGAGUACGGGCCGGACCAGAACUGCAGCUGGGCGCUCGGCCCGCCGGGCGCGGCUCUGGAGCUCACCUUCCGCCUCUUCGAGCUGGCAGACCCGCGCGACCGCCUGGAGCUGCGCGACGCGGCCUCGGGCAGCCUGCUCCGCGCCUUCGACGGCGCCCGCCCGCCGCCGACCGGGACGCUGCACCUGCGCGCCGCUGCGCUGCUUCUCACCUUCCGCAGCGACGCGCGUGGCCACGCGCAGGGCUUCGCGCUCACCUACCGUGGCGUGCAGGAUGCUUCGGAGAACCCGGUGCUCCCCAAGGGCUCGGCCCAGACCCCUGCGGUGCUCCCCUACGGGACCAACGUGAGCUGCAGCCCCCGGCCUGGGGCUCCGGAGGCCACAAUGGGGGCCCGGGUCUUCUCGACAGUGAUGGCCAUCUCAGUGUUGCUGCUGCUGUUGCUGCUGCUGUUGCUACUGCUGUCGCUGCUACGCCUGCUGCGCCGACGGAGCUGUCUACUGGCUCCAGGAAAAGGGCCCCCGCCCUUGAGGCCUUCCCAGGGCUCUGGGAGAAGUUGGGCUGUGUGGUACCGCCGUCCUGGAGGGGUGGCACUGCCCUGCCCUCCUGGGGACUCCCAGGCUGAGGGUCUAGCCUCGACUUACCGCCCCCUGAGCGCCUCCAGCCAGAGUUCCCUGCGUUCACUCAUCUCUGCUCUCUGACUCAGGACCCCCAGGGUCCAUUGGAUCCUCCAACAGUGUGAUGGACACCCGAGACUCUAUGCCGCACUCUACCUUGGCCUUCCACUUUUUUAAGGGCAGUUCUGCCUCUGUUCAUCUCUCAGAGGUCAGAUGUCGGACAAGAAGCAUCUGGUACUAUUAUUGGGAACUUGGCCUAACUCUAGGUGUCCAGAUGGUCCAGGCCAAAUGGCAAGAGGAAUCGGCUCCCCUCCUCAUAGACCUUGAUAAGGAGCUCUCUGAUUUCAGGGUCUUGGAGCCCCUCUGGGGGUAGUCUUGGACUGCUGCCCUAAGUGAAAUGUGAGAGAUCAACAAAAGUGGUCAAAAGACCAGACACAGACUUUGAAUAAAG